GCAGAACGGCGGCUGACUGCAGACUUUCCUCUCAGCAGGAGCAGAGUGAAAGUCUCCUGAGUGCCGGUCAGAGGAAACAUCGAAGGCUGAAUGUAUGACUGCUGUGUUCAUUGAGGAACCAACAUCUGGACUCUCCUCCGGAUGAACCGACCGACGGGCUGAUUCCAGGACGAGGCCGAGCUGCAGGGAUUCCAGACCCAAACUCUCGGGACAAUGGAAGGUUCGCCUCAGUCGUCUCCUCUGGAUGAAGACCUGAAACUGGACCCUCAGAGUCUCCAUCAAGACCAGAACCAACAGAGUCCUGAAUGUUCAGGUCCGAGUCCAGUCCAGGAUCUGGAGCAGAUUCAGGACUCUGUGGACGGAGCUUCACCUCAGCAUCAGGACCGAACAGAGCAUCACUCGGUUCAUCACCUGGAACGGGACUCAGAACGUCACCUGACGUCCGCGACGGCCAAUCAGGAAGAAGGUGGCAGCGUGCCGUCGCUGGUCGUCACGGAGGCCGAGGAGUUGGGGAUGCCGCCUCCAGCAGCACCAGUGAGUCCAGUAGAAGCAGCAGCACCUCAGAAACCAGAGCGUCCGUCAGAUCUGGUGAUUCCUGCAGCCGUCGGCGUGAUGACCGACCCGAUCCUGAGCUCCGGCAGCGACGGAGGAGAUAUGACCUGCAGCGACCUCAUGUCUCUGAGGAGCGACUCCAUUUCUCUGGCCAGCGAACCAGCCGUCUCCAGGAGGAUGUCAGUAAACGCUCCGUCCAGCCUCUUUACAUUUACAGACCGUCUUGUUUUAGAGAGAAGAACAAAACGACCCCCAUCUUGUCGAGAUGAACCUCGUGAACCGAACAACGACGACUCUCGUCUCCUAACGGGGCAUUCAUGUUCCCCCGCUGAGCGAUCUGCCCUCAUCAUCGCCGUCUUUAUGGAAGGUCACCGGGGGGAAUAUGGAGCCGCUGGACGAGCGGUGAAGGCUGUAGCGUAA